GUCGGCUUGAAACGAGAAAUAAAGAGAUACGAAAGCAUUCGCGAAAUAAGUGAUCCUGUGAAGCGACAUGUGUUCGGACCUACGUAGUUGGCCGGUCUUCAGUUCAUUGGAGCCGGAAUUCAUUUCCCAGAUUCACAUGGUUAUGAUAUUUGGUAAAUUGCAUAAAAGGGCCUUAAUUGUGACCAGGGACAAGAUGGUAUAUGUUUUGGAUCUCUACAAUUGUUUGGAGACCGGAAACAAAAUUUCAACGCCAUAUCUGAAGGAGAUUGAGGACUUGCGCGGAAAAGAUAUAAAGACGUUUGCGUAUGGCAUGGGACCUCACAUUUUGGCACUCACGAAUGGAGGAGAGGUAUAUUCCUGUGACAAUGUUGAUUGUCAAUUGGAGAAUGGAAUAUGUAAAUUUACUUUAAUGAAAAUGUCUACGAUUAAAAACAACCAGAACAUGAUGCGCGUCGUGGACAUCGCGUGUGGCUGUUACCAUUCCAUCAUUCUAACUGAAAAUGAUGAAGUGUAUGCUUGGGGAUCAAAUAAUAGUGGACAAAUGAAUAACAGUAUCUAUGGACUUUCGACGACACCUAAGCUUGUUUUGUCUAAUGUUGUUUGUAUCUCCUGCGGUAAUGACUUUACUAUAGCUGUUACCAGAAAUGGUAAGGUGUAUGGUUGGGGCAGAAAUAACGUUGGCCAGCUAGGGAUAGGCAACCAUGGGAAUAAAAAUGCGACGCAGCAGACUCUUAGUAUAGAAACAAACAACAUUAAUGACAAUAACUUAUUACACGUUAGACGUCACUGUGGUUACAUGAGGAGAGGCUGCAGAUUCGAAAAUAAAAAUAUGAUGCCGCAGUUGAUUGAUAUGGGGGAAGACCUUAUUGUAGUCAAGGUGACUUGUGGAUUCGAACACACGCUGGCGCUCACAGACAAAGGAAACAUCUAUGCCUGGGGCGGAAACAUGUCCGGCCAGUUGGGGAUUGGCAACCAGACGGAGUGCUGUAAACCAAUUAUGGUCAAGCAAAUUGAAAAGAUGAGAUGGAUCGAUAUCACAGCUCUGAAUAACAGUAGCAUCGCUGUCACUGAAGCAGGACGUGUCUACAUUUGGGGUGUAGAUUGUCACGGUAAGAGUAUCGUGACCCCAACCAUCGCUUCAUCCUCCAACAUAUCUGACAUGCUUGUACAUUACGGACCAAACGUUAUGCAAAAAUCAAUGAUUCUGGAUGAAGAGCCGAACAUAUUGGAAUGCUUAAGAAUUGCAUUCGACAAUUCUUCGACGAGCGAUCUCAAAAUACAGGUGGAGGGCAAAUAUAUCCAUGUACACAAGGCUUUCUUGAAAAUUCGUUCUUUACACUUCAGAAACAUGUUUGAGCAUGAUUGGACCGAAAACAAUCAAAGUGUCGUCAAGAUUAAUACAUUUUCCUACAUUGUCUACAAAGCAUACCUGAAGUAUUUAUACACCAAUAUAGUCGAUUUACCCUUUAAGAAUAUAUCAGAACUUUUUGAUUUGGCCAACGCUUACUUUGAGAACAAUCUCAAGAAGCAGUGCAUUCGUAUAAUAAAGCAAGGAAUUACUGUAUCGGACGUCGCCUACUUUUAUAGUAUUGCAGUGAAGUAUAACAUAAAGGAGCUGGAAGAAUUCUGCGUCCAGCUCGCCGUUGGUCACAUGACAACUGUGGUGGAAACGGAAAAUUUCGCCAAGCUAGACCAGAAUUUGAUGAAAACAUUUAUAAUUAAAGCGAGCAAAGCUGGCUGCUUCAAAAAUUAAUUCCGUCUGUUUACCUCAAAAACGCGAGCGUGGUGUAGUAGACAGUGCACUGAUUUAAUAUACUAUAAGAGAUCCCGAGUUCGAUUCCCGACAGAAAAAUUUUCGUACCCACUCGUAGCUCCUCUCAAAAGGCAGUAGCAAACCACUGAGUAGUAUACCAGGAAAUCUCCUUACCGAAAAUUGCCAUUCGGAAUCAGCGUCCCCAUAUACAUUAUGUAUAAUCAUUGGGUGUGCAAAAGUAUAUGAGAGGGAGACGCCUACACGCUGAGAUAGCGUAUGGUAUUUGAAGUUUUUCUCCAAGAGAUAAUGCAACGAGAAAUGGAAAUCAUCGAUAUGUUUGUUGCUGCAUAAAACUCGUCAUAUAUUUUAUAUUGGGUUAUUUAAAAAGU